UUGGGCACUGCCUAUUUAAUCCGGGCUGCGAACAGCUUCUGCUUAUUAUUGUGUUUGAAACCGACGGGGAAAUGCCUGAUCCACCGAAACCCGCUCCCAAGAAGGGCGCCAAGAAAGCUCUGUCCAAACCGGCGAGCAAGUCUGGCAAGAAGCGCAAGAGGACGAGGAAGGAGAGUUACGCCAUCUACAUCUACAAAGUGAUGAAGCAGGUUCAUCCCGACACCGGCAUCUCCUCCAAGGCCAUGACCGUCAUGAAUUCAUUCGUGAACGAUAUUUUCGAGCGCAUCGGGGGCGAGGCUUCCCGUCUGGCCCAUUACAACAAGCCGUCUACCAUCAGCUCCCGGGAGAUCCAGACCUCCGUGCGCCUGCUGCUGCCCGGGGAGCUGGCCAAGCACGCCGUGUCCGAAGGGACAAAGGCGGAGACCAAGUACACCAGCUCCAGUAAAGACAAAACAAACCCGAAAAUCAAAGGCUCUUUUAAGAGCCACUCACGGUUUCAUUAAAAGAGUUAUUCAAUGUUGAGACAUGGAUUUGAGGUAAAUUUGUAAAUUUUUUGUUGAUGCGCUCAUUCAGAAUCUUAUUUCCGUUACUCAGAACUUGCUGUCCAAUCUUCAGUGUAAUCCCGAUUUCCCUGUUAAUUCCUGCCCUCUGCACAGACACGGAAUAGUUACGCACCCCUUCCCCGUUGUUACUUCUAGGUCAUCAAAUUUCCCUAACGUGACACUAAUUGUUUCUGGUUUAGUUUCUGCGGGGAAUGCGGUUCAUUAAGUUUUGUCCCAUUUUGUUUACUUCUCUUAACUACAUUCCA